GUUUUGCAUUACUAACCUAGGUUAGUUCUUUAUUUAAUCCACUACCAUGAAGACCAUCAGUCUAGCUCUGCUGAUGCAGAUCUGUUGCACCCUUUUCCUCUACACUAAUGCCCAUCAUAGACCUAACUCUAUCCCAAGCAUCUACCAGAAGAACACCAAGGAAAAGUGUGGUUGCAUCAAUCCUUUCCCCGGAAACACAGGAUCAGAACCUAGAAACACAUGUUCUAAAUCUCACUGGUGUUUUGUCAACUGCUCUUCUGAUUGCUAUGAUGUAAAACCAACGGACGGAGGGAAAAGAUGCUUCUCUGCAUACGCCUGUCGGGCUACAAACCUUCUCCCUGCUCUAUCUCGUCUGUCUACACCCAGCCUGUCGAGAACAAGAAACCAAUCAGCACCAAAGGUAAAAUGCGCCUGUAUAAAUCCCCUCUCUGGUGCUAAUGCCUUUAUGGGAGACCCGGAGAGAACUUGUGAUGCUCUGGAUUACUGCUUUGUAGAAGCUAACGCCGACUGUUCUGAUGUUCAGCCUGCUCCUGGCGAAGGAAGAUGGUAUUCUCAUGAUGCUUGUGAUUUGAAACCCUUAAUCACAACUAUUCCAAGUGUUCCAGUUACACCAGUAGCUACUGUGGCUUCUGUACCUGAUAUUGUAGAUAUUCGUACAGCUGUAAUUGAUCAAUCAGGUUUAAUUGAUCUUAGAACUGCAUAAAAGGCUUAACAUGCUUUUAUCAUAUCGGUUUAAAACUAUUUAAGUACAAAAUUUAGCUUUCAAAAUCCAAAAUACUUUUGGUGUUCAAGUGUACCUUCUUCCCUUCCUAUUUUUAUAUUUUGGUGGAUUUCCAACAUUGUGAUAUUUUGUAAUUGAUAAUUUUGUUUUGAAGACAUAUUGUAUUGUACUGUACUGUUAAUAUAUUUUAUUCAUUUCA